CUUUGUACCUUACCUUUUCGUUCAGUCUUUUCCGGGAUCUCUCUCCGUUUAUGACAUUGCCGUGAAAGUCUCAAAUGCUUGUCCAAUAAAGCAAACAUUUUUGUCCGAAAACUGAGCUCUUUGAUACGUCAGGGAAAGAGAAUCCCGCAAAACUCUCUCCUCUCUCUUUUCCUCUGCUUUUGUGUGUAGAGUUUGCUUCUUUCUUGGGUAAUAAUGGGUUUUGAUGAAUCCAACCUAGACCGAUUCCUCCGCUGCACUACACCAAUCGUCCCUGCUCGUUCCCUCCCAAAGACACAGAUCAAGAACCUUAAUCCUCUGUGGUACCCGUUGGAGAGCGAGAGCGUUGAGUAUUUCAGGUUGAGCGACUUUUGGGAUUGUUUCGACGAGUGGAGCGCUUACGGUGCAGGUGUCCCCAUUGUCUCGGAAACAGACGAGACAUUGGUCCAGUACUACGUUCCUUACCUCUCUGCAAUCCAGAUUUUCACCUCUCAUUCUGCUCUCAGUGCUCUAAGGGAGGAGACAGAAUCAGGGGAUUCAGGGAGCGAGUCAUGUAGCGAGGAGUGGCGAUGGGAAGGAUGUUCUUCUUCCGAGGAUGGAUUUGAUCAUCAAGAACCUCUGGAUCGCCUCGGUUACUCUUACUUGCAGUAUUUCGAGAGAUGUACACCUUACUCUAGAGUCCCUCUCAUGGAUAAGAUCAAAGAAUUGGGAGAAAGACAUGCAGGGUUGUGGUCAUUGAGGAGUGUUGAUCUGUCUCCUGCUAGUUGGAUGGCUGUUGCUUGGUAUCCAAUCUAUCACAUCCCCAUGAAUAGAAGCAUAAAAGACUUGUCCACUUGCUUCCUCACUUACCACACGCUUUCUUCAUCUUUCCAAGAUGUGAAGGAAGAGGAGAGGAAGAGGAUAAGUGUGAGUGCAUUUGGGAUGGCCACAUACAAGAUGCAAGGGAAGCUAUGGGACAAUGAUAGAUUGCUUUGCCUUAAAAGCGUAGCAGAUUCUUGGCUAAAGCAGCUCAGGGUCCACCACCAUGACUUCACCUACUUCACCACUACUCCUCAUUACUGAUACAUCUAGCUGGUUUUAGAUUCAUACUUGGUUAACAAACUAGUUCUGUUGUUUAAGAGUAGCACAUAUAUCAGUAAUGUUGGAUUGUCAUUUGAUACUAUUUGGAAAUGAGAGGCACUGACUUUUUCUUCAAAAUGGUUUAUUUAAUUAUAAAAUUUGGUUUGGGGUCUGAUUGAUGAUUUAA